AUUCAUCACGCGAACGACCAGUCGCGCGCGACCAUGUUGGCCGCAGCAAGUACACCGACCUGCAAGUACACGUACAAGCCAUGCUCGCACCCGCGGUCGGUCAAGCGCAAUGGGACGCUCCAUCUCCUUUGCGAAUUUCACCGCAACAAGGCGAAUGCUAUCCAGCAAGCGUACGCGGCCAAGAAGCGCCAAAAGCGUGACGAGGCCCGGUCGUCGAUCUCCACCGUCGAAGACGUCGGCAACGCUGUGCUCGACACUCUGGACUGGGCUUUUCUGGACGAAAUGAUUCUCACCAUUCAGCGCGACAUCGACCCGCUCUUCCCGUGCACCUGAGCCGCCGAGAUUUGUCUUUUUUGCUGUCUCGUGUCCAAUACUAGAUAAGCAUGUCCGAUCGAAGGGCAUGCCUUGUUCCAGUCGUCAAAAGCAUUGAUUUUGAGUUUUUUCAGAUUUUGAAAUCCAUUUUCACUCAAUAGGGGUGUUUCAAGAUGGAC